UCUCCGUGAAGAUCUCGGCCCUCGGGCUGGAACUCCAGGAAAGCCGGAAUAGAAAGAAAAAUCGACAACCCCACUUUUCUCUUCUUUCUCUCACAUCCAUUGAGAGAGCGCUAUUUAUUUGUGAAGUCACCGGCCAUAUGCCGCCGUAAACCCUCUUUGUUUACUUUUCUCUCCUUCUUCGUGUUUUGCUCUUUGCGUGUUUAGAAUGGCGUCUUCGGUGGAGAUAGGUGGCCUGAAAACGGGAAUGCCGCCGGCCGGAGGGGGUUGUGUUGGGUUGGCUUCCUCUCGGCAUGUAAGCUGCGCGAUUCGCCUGGCUGGAAGGAAGUCACGUUCGUCUUCUUUCGUGCGGAGAGGCCUGGUGGUGAGAUCGGAGCUAGUGAUUGAGCGCGAUCGGGUUGGCUUUGCAGCAAUCAACGGUGUGGCGAAUCUGGAGAAAAAGAAUGCCUCCUAUGAGCUACAAUCAGGGGAUGACAAAGAUAGAGAUAUGCAGAUGCUUCCAAAUUCUCUAAGGAAAACAAAGAUUGUGUGCACAAUUGGGCCUUCUACAAGUUCACGUGAAAUGAUAUGGAAGCUUGCUCAAGCAGGAAUGAAUGUUGCACGGCUGAAUAUGUCACAUGGAGAUCAUAAAUCACACCUGAAAACCAUUGAUUUGGUUAGGGAGUACAAUGCUCGGCACAAAAAUAACGUUAUUGCCAUUAUGUUGGAUACCAAGGGGCCUGAAGUUAGAAGUGGGGAUGUAGCUCAGCCCAUUUUACUUGCAGAAGGUCAGGAAUUCAAUUUUACCAUAAAAAAAGGAGCCAGCUCUGAGAAUACUGUCAGUGUGAAUUAUGAUGAUUUUGUAAACGAUGUGGACGUUGGAGACACCAUAUUGGUUGAUGGUGGGAUGAUGUCACUAUCUGUGAAGGCAAAAACUGUUGAUACGGUAAAAUGUGAAGUGGUCGAUGGUGGAAAACUUAAAUCAAGACGUCAUUUAAAUGUUAGAGGAAAAAGUGCUACCUUGCCUUCUAUAACAGAAAAGGACUGGGAAGAUAUCAAAUUCGGGGUGGAUAACAAAAUUGAUUUCUAUGCAUUAUCAUUUGUCAAAGAUGCGAAAAUUGUCUGCGAACUAAAAGAUUACCUUAAAAGUCGUCAAGCAGAUAUCAAUGUAAUCGUUAAGAUUGAAAGUGCAGAUUCAAUACCAAACCUCGAAUCUAUUAUAUCUGCUUCUGACGGGGCAAUGGUGGCUCGUGGUGACCUUGGAGCAGAACUUCCAAUAGAAGAAGUUCCACUGCUGCAGGAGGAGAUCAUUAAAAGGUGCCGCAGCUUGCAGAAGCCUGUAAUUGUUGCAACCAACAUGUUGGAGAGCAUGAUUAGCCAUCCAACUCCAACUAGAGCAGAAGUUUCUGAUAUAGCAAUUGCUGUGCGUGAAAGUGCUGAUGCCAUUAUGCUCUCUGGUGAAACAGCCAACGGGAGGUAUCCUAUAAAAGCAGUGAAUGUGAUGCACACCGUGGCAUUGAGGACUGAAUCAACACUUCUAACAAGCAAACUUCAUUCAAGUCUUUCAACAGCCUUCCAGGCUGCUCCUGGCGAGGAGCUUUGUCCGAGCCAUUUGAGUGCAAUGCUUGCCUCACAUGCCACCACUAUGGCCAACAAUAUUGGAAGUUCUACCGUUGUUUUCACUAGAACUGGUUCCAUGGCUGUGCUUCUUAGUCACUGUCGACCAUCCUCAACUAUAUUUGCAUUUACGGAUGAGGUAAGGAUUAAGCAAAGGCUGGCACUUUAUCAUGGAGUAUUACCUAUUUAUAUGAAGUUUUCUGAUGAUGCUGAAGAGACCUUCUCUAGAGCAAUAAACUGCUUAUUGAAGGGUGGAUUCCUGAAGAGCGGAGAGUAUGUUACAUUUGUUCAGAGUGGAACUCGCCCAAUAUGGCGAAAUGAGUUCACACAUCAUGUUCAAGUCCGAAAGGUUUGAGGAUGACAUGUAUUCCCCUAGAGCAGGCCCUUUUUUUUUAACUAAGGCUUAGUUUGGGACGUCUUUCUCACUGCUUCUUAAAACAAUUUUUUAAUUGUGCUUAAAAGCUGUUUUAAAAAGCUUUAAGAAAGUUGUCUCAAACGAAAGCCUAAAUUUGCUCCCAGCUUAAGAUUAUUUUUUGAGUUUUCAGAGAAGAUGUAUUUUUUUUUUCUUUUCAUUUGAAUGCUUAUGUAGACUAAAUAUAUGACUGUUCUUAAGCAAGAAAUAAAUUGAUUUUGACACCAA